GUCAUGUGAUAUAAGUGAAAAUCUUCUUUGACUGUAAGGAACUUUAUAAACCCCAAGAGUCCAAUCCUGGAUUCAGUCAUCAAUUCUCGACCAGAUCUUUCAUCCAAACAACACGACAGAGCUCCAGAGGCACACGCAACUCAGUUGACCUGUCCCGAUGGAACCAGCAAGUAGUCCAGAGAAGAGUCUGAUGAACGAUGACGACAGUCCAAAGCAGCAUUCAUCGAAGUGUGUUAAGAGAGGCCAUUGGAACAACAAGAGGGAAUUCAUUUUGGCAGUAAUCGCAGAAAUCAUCGGUCUGGGCAACGUUUGGAGAUUUCCAUAUCUGUGCUUCAAAAAUGGUGGAGGAGCUUUCUUGGUUCCUUAUGUUUUGUUCCUGUUCACCUGUGGAAUCCCCAUCUUCUUUCUGGAGGUAUCUCUGGGACAGUUAACUGGUCAGGGUGGAAUCACAUGUUGGAGGAAAAUAUGCCCUGUAUUUGAAGGUUUAGGCUAUGGCAGUAUAGUGAUAAUGCUAUACACCGAUUUGUAUUAUAUCGUCAUCCUGGCUUGGGCCUUCCUCUACCUCUUCUCCACCUUCAACACUGUACUCCCCUGGGCCAGCUGCAACAACACCUGGAACACAGUGGACUGUGUCGACUAUCGAAUGAAUACGUCAUCAUAUGGUCACAUUUCUCAGAAUGCAACUUCUUCAGUUGAAGAAUUCUGGCAGAGGAGAGUCCUGGGAUUGUCUGCAGGCAUUGAAGACAUGGGAAAUAUCCGUUGGGACCUGGCUGGAUGCCUUCUGCUUAGCUGGACUAUUUGUUACUUCUGUAUCUGGAGGGGAGUCAAGUCCUCGGGAAAGGUCGUCUACUUCACAGCCACAUUUCCUUAUCUGAUGAUGCUUGCUUUGCUGGUUCGUGGUGUGACAUUGCCAGGAGCUAUAGAUGGUAUUCGAUUUUACCUCUCUCCCGAUCCAACGCGACUGACUGAUCCUAGGGUGUGGAUGGAUGCUGGGAGCCAGAUAUUAUUCUCCUAUGCUGUCUGCACAGGCUGUUUGGUAUCUUUGGGAAGCUACAACAAAUACAACAACAACUGCUACAAAGAUGCAUUCGCCCUGUGCCUGUUGAACAGUACAACCAGCCUUAUUGCUGGCUUUGCAAUAUUCUCUGUACUCGGCUUUAUGUCUUAUGAGUUGGGUGUCGACAUCGCAACGGUGGCUGAAUCAGGUCCCGGCCUGGCUUUUAUUGCCUACCCUCGAGCCAUAGCCAUGAUGCCUUUACCCCACCUCUGGGCUGCCUUCUUCUUCAUUAUGAUAAUCUUACUUGGACUGGACAGUGAGUUUGUGUAUCUGGAAGGCUUGGUUACAUCGAUAUCAGACAUGUAUCCAUCCUUCUUUUUAACCGGUCAUCGACGUAAACUACUUCUGCUGGUCAUCUGUGGUGUAUCCUUUAUCAUUGGUCUCUGUUUCGUAACUGAAGGAGGAAUUUAUUUGUUUCAGAUUUUUGACUACUACGCCUGCAGUGGAACCCCAUUGGUCAUUUUUGCAAUUUUGGAGUCCAUUUGUAUAGGAUGGGUAUAUGGUGCUGACCGCUACUACAAUAAUAUUACGGACAUGAUUGGCUACCGCCCGAUGCCCUAUAUGAAAUAUUGUUGGAAAUACAUCACUCCAUCUCUAUUUACAGGCUUAUUGCUCUUCUCUGUGGCCAAAUACAUCCCUCUGACGUACAACAACACCUACCAGUACCCCUGGUGGGGCCAUGCCAUCGGGCAACUUCUUGCUUUCUCUUCAAUUGUCAUGGUACCACUGUGGUUUCUCUACAGUCUGGCUGUUACUCCAGGAACACUGAGACAAAGACUAGAAAUGGUGACCAAGCCAGCAGAUGACCUGUUCAGAGUACCAUCCAUCCAUCCAUUAUCUCCAACCGCUUAUCCUCUUCAGGGUGGAGGGGGGGAUGGAGUCGAUCCCAACUGACAUUGGGUGAAGGCGAGGUACACCCUGGACAGGUCACCAGACUAUCACAGGGCUGACACAUAGAGACAGACAACCAUUCACACUCACAUUCACACCUACGGGCAAUUUAGAGUCAACAAUUAACCUGCACGUCUUUGGACUGUGGGAGGAAGUCGGAGAACCCGGAGAAAACCCACGCUAACACGGGAAGAACAUGCAAACUACACACAGAAGGAACCCAAGCUGGGUUUGAACCUGAGGCGGCAGCGCUAACCACUGCACCACUGUGCCGCCCUUGUUUUUAAAACAUAUCUAACAAUUUAAUUGAAUAUUGCAGUAGUUUAUUUGACAUUAUGGGGUCAAAUGUAUGUAUGUAUUUGCAGUGUGUAUGUAUAUAUGAAUGCCUGAAUGAGAGGCUCUGCAUAGAAAUCUUUGUGUUUUAUUUCACCUUUAGCAUAUAAAUGAAUAAAUCCUGUAAUUAAAGUAAGAUAUUAACUUCAUGUUCACUGUGGGUGAAAAAUAAACUGUUUUA